AUGUCUCUCUUCGUUCUCGCCGAAACGCCGGCAGGCUACGGUCUGUUCAAGGCUGCCGACAAGAAGCUUCUCAAGCGCGAUGAGCUCACCACUGGACCGACCUCUUCGGAGCAGAUCAACGAGAUGCUCAAGUUGAAGUCUUUCGUCAAGUUCGAUAGCUCCGCCGUCGCCGUCGAGGAAGCCGCCGGUCUCAAGGAGGGUCGUGUCCCGCCAAUGCUCGCCAACCUGCUCAAGGAGAUCAAAGACGAGAAGAAGGCUACCCUUGCCGUUGCCGACCUGAAGCUCGGUACUGCCAUUGGCAAGCUCCCCGACUUGGAUAUCAAGGCCGUCUCCGAUGCCGCCUCCCAGGACCUGUUCCGUGCUGUCCGCGAGAACCUCUCUUCCCUCAUUCCUGGUCUUAGCACCGAGACCAUGGACCGCAUGGCCCUUGGUCUGUCGCACUCCAUCUCGCGACACAAGCUCAAGUUCUCCGCCGACAAGGUCGACGCCAUGGUUGUCCAGGCCAUCAAGUUGGUGGACGAUCUCGACAAGGAGCUGAACGUCUACGCCAUGCGCACCAAGGAAUGGUACGGCUGGCACUUUCCCGAGCUUGCCAAGAUCCUCAACGACAACCUGGUCUACGCCCGUCUCGUUGUUGCCGUUGGCAUGCGCCAGGACUUCGCCGAGACCGACCUCUCCGACAUCCUUCCCGAGGAGCUUGAGGGCCCCGUCAAGACUGCCGCCGAGAUUUCCAUGGGAACUGAGAUGACCCCCGAAGAUUUGGAGAACAUUCAACUGUUGGCCCAGCAAGUCAUCACCUACUCUGAGUACCGCACUUCCCUCUCCACUUACCUCGAGACCCGCAUGCGCGCUCUCGCCCCCAACUUGACUGCUCUCGUUGGCUACCUCGUCGGUGCCCGUUUGAUCGCCCACGCUGGCUCCCUCAUUUCUCUCGCCAAGGCUCCCUCCUCCACCAUCCAGAUCUACGGUGCCGAGAAGGCGCUCUUCCGUGCUCUCAAGACCAAGCACGACACACCCAAGUACGGUAUCAUCUACCACUCCUCCCUCGUUGGCCAGGCCACUGGCAAGAACAAGGGCAAGAUCGCCCGUUCCCUUGCCGCCAAGACUGCGCUUGGUCUGCGUGUUGACGCUCUCGGCGACACCGAGAACCAGGACGAUGAGGAGGAGCGCAGCAUCCUCGGUCUUACCAGCCGCAUCAAGCUUGAGAACCUCCUCCGCAAGUUGGAGGGCAAGCCUCUCCUUCCCAAGGGUGUUGGUGUCGGCCCUGACGGCCAGCUUACCGCACCCGGUGGCUUCAGCUUGAAGGAGUCUCGCAAGUACAACGCCGAUGCCGAUGGUGUUGAGACCGAGGUCAACGGCAAGUCCAAGAAGCUCAUCCAGGUCGUUGACGAGGAGAUGAAGGACGCUGAGAGCGAAGACGAGGACGCCGAGAUGAACGAUGCUAGCGAAGAAGAGAAGAAGAGCAAAAAGGACAAGAAGAAGGAAAAGAAGGAGAAGAAGCGCGUCUCCAUCGCCGCGGUUGAGACUCCCGUCAAGGAGAGCAAGGCUGUCAAGGGCACACCGGCAAAGCUGAGCGAAAAGGACUACGAGCGUUUCGCCGAGGCCGCUGGCAUCAGCGUGUCCAAGUUCAAGCGCAAGUUCGAGCGUGGUGACGUCCAGCUCGGCGAGGACGGCACGCCCGUCGUCUUCAGCAAGAAAGAGUUGAAGAAGCUCAAGAAGGCCGAGGACGAGGACGAGGUCGAAGAGACGCCUGUCAAGGCUACCGACAGCACCAAGAAGAAGCGCAAGCACGAAGAUGAUGAGACGCCCAAGAAGGAGAAGAAGCUGAAGAAGAAGCGCAGCUCCCUUGCUUAG